AUGAUUAUAUGUUUAAUAAAUUUUAUAUCGUUUUUUAUCCAAUUCAUAAUUUUUGAGAAUAGAAAAAUAAAAUUUGCAUUGAGACUUACAUUUAAGCAAUACAAUAGUCUAUAGAAUUGUUUAUUCGUAUAUUUCUUAUAUUGUUCUCUUUAACUUAUUUUUAAAUUGUUGGAUAUUUAUCAAAUAAAAGAUGGAACUCAAAUAAAUUAAAUCUUCUUUAAAAUAUCACAAAUGAAGAAUCAAAGCAAAUGUAGGAAAUAAAUUGUUAAGCGUAAAAGGUAAGGUGAUCAAAAUAAUGGUUAAAUAAUUGAGUUUGAUAUCAUCUUAAGAUCCAAAUGGACUCCAGAAGAAGACAAAAAAUUAAUAGCUAAUGUGUCACUAUUUGGGCAUCGAUGGCUUCUAGUGGCAUAGAAAAUGGAAUAAAGGAAUGCUUCCCAAUGUUGCCAAAGGUGGAAAAGGCUUAAAUAGAGACAAGGAGACCAUUAAAAUAAGGCCAAACGAUGGACUUUAUAAGAGGAUUAAACAUUAUUAAGUAUCAUUCGAUAGCUUGGUCCAUGUUGGAAUGCCAUAGCUAAGCAAAUGAAAAACAAAACAGGCAAAUAAGUCAGAAGGAGAUACAAAAAUUUUCUUGAUCCAACUCUUAAUCAUGGACCUAUGACAGAAUAAGAAGAUGAAAUGAUUUACAAAGAAUAUCUAAAGCAUGGAUCCUAAUGGACUUAAAUAUCAGAAAAAAUGCCAGGAAGAUCGGUAUGAUUGUAAUUAUAUUGAUAGGAAAAUAUGAUCAAAAAUCGGUUUUAUUCCUUUAUUAAGUAGAAAUACUUAAAUUAAGCUAAUUUGUACUAUCAAAUAUAACCUUUAGAUGAAAAUCAAAAGGAAGAAUGUGUUAGUGUUGUUGAGCAGUCUGAAAAUAGCUAACAAUAACAUUAAUAACAACAAUAAUAUGAAUUAGAUAUGUACAGUGAUUCGAAUGAAAUAAUUGAUAAUAAUUAAUCAAGUUAUUAUUGGAGUAUUGAAACAAGAUGUUUGUUACUGAAAAAUUCUAAAAUGAUCUGA